CAACUAGAUAUUAUUGUUGUUGAUUCAAAACGUGAUCGAAUAUAUAUUCUUCUGAAAUAUGAUAAUAGAACAUUUGUUACAACAACUACAUAUGAUGGAAUAUCUAAAUCUCAUCCAUUCUUUGUCGCUGUGGCAGAUUUUAAUAAUGACAAUCAAUCAGAUAUUGUUAUAGCCAACUAUGGUACUAAUAAUGUACUUGUAUUUAGUCAAUAUUUUAUACAACCAUCAGUAAGACAAACAAAUUAUCUUGUUGGAAAAGAUUCUCGUUCGUCUGCAGUCGUUAUUUAUGAUUUUAAUAAUGAUGGUCUAUUAGAUUUAUUGGUUAAUAAUUUGAACAAUGAUAGUUUACUUUUAUUAACUGGUAAUUAUAAUGGAACUUUUGAGUCAGCAACAACAUAUUUGACUGGAAAUAAAUCAGCUCCGCAACAUUUUUGUCUCGGUGACUUUAACAAUGACAAUCGAAUGGAUAUUGUCACAGCUAAUUAUGGUUCUGAUAGUAUAAGUAUUCUUCUUGCACAAGACAAUGGAUCUUUUUCUGAUGUGACAACAUACUCUGUGGGCUAUGAUUCUCGACCAUGGUCAGUAGCUGUUGGAGAUUUCAAUAAUGAUAAUCGAUUAGAUAUUGUCAUUGCAAAUUUUGGAUCUGGUGGCUUUAGUGUUCUUCUCGGAUAUGGUAGUGGAAUUUUUGGUAAGGCGAUCACAUACUCUGCUAAUAUUAUUGUUCAGGCAAUAUCAGUUGCUGUUGGUGAUGUUAAUAAUGAUAAAAAGUUGGAUGUUGUCAUUACUGAUUGUGGUUAUGGUAAUGUGGGUGUUCUUCUAGGUCAAGGUGAUGGAACUUUUUCUAAUGCAAUGACCUAUUCUGUUGGUAUUACUUAUUGUCCAAAUGGUGUCAGCGUUGUCGAUUUGAAUAAUGAUAAUCAUCUGGAUCUUGUUGUCUCUACUUUAGAGGGACGUUUUGUUGGUAUUCUUAUUGGAUAUGGAAAUGGAUCUUUUCAAGAAAUUACAACUUAUUUGACUGGUUCUAGUUCGAUCCUUUAUCAUAUCGCUAUUGCUGAUUUCAAUAAUGAUCAUCGACAUGAUUUUGCUGUGACCAAUAUUGCAAAUGAUGAAAUAAUAAUCUUUUAUGGAUAUGGUAAUGGCAGCUUUGAACUUGCAAGAAGAUAUUCUACUGGUUUUGGUUCGAAGCCGUAUGCCAUCACUACUGCUAAGUUGAAGAAUAGCAAUCAAACAAAUAUUAUUGUUACUUUCUGGGGAGCUGGAGAAGUUGGUAUUUUAACUGAAUAUGCUGCUGCAAAAUUUGCAAAUCAAAAAACAUAUUCAACUGGUUCAGCUCCACAACCCUAUUCUGUAACUGUUGGUAAUUUCAAUGAUGAUAAUUAUGUAGAUAUAGUCAUCGUUAAUUCAGGAAGUGAUAAUUUAGAUGUACUUUUCAAUUCAGGCAAUGGUACAUUUGAAACACAAAUAACAUAUUCAAUUGGUGCUAAUUCACAUCCACGAUAUGUUAUUGCUGGUGAUAUCAACAAAGAUAAUCAUUUAGAUAUAGUUACUGUUAAUUCAAAGAGUAAUAGUAUUAGUUUAAUUAUGGGACAUGGUAAUGGAACUUUUGAUAUCUCAAGAGUAUAUUCAACUGGAAAAAAUUCAUAUCCAUUAGCAGUAGCUAUCGGUGAUUUCAACAAUGAUAAUCGAUCUGAUUUAAUCAUUGCUAAUGCAGGUACAGAUAGUAUAGGUAUACUUAUUGGAUUUAAUUAUGCAACAUUUCAAAGUCACAAUAAUUAUUCCAGUGAUAAUACUCAAGUACCACAUAAUAUCAUCACUAGUGACUUCAAUAAUGAUAAAUAUCUAGAUAUUGCCGUUACUUUUUCGUUAAGUGAUAACAUAGGUAUUCUUCUUGGAUAUGGUAAUGGAAGCUUUGGUAUUAUGAUGACUUAUUCGACUGGAAAUGGUUCACGACCUCAAUCAUUGACUGUUCAUGAUUUUAACAAUGAUGGACAAUUAGAUAUUGUUGUUGUUAAUUCAGGCACUAAUGAUAUAGGCAUCUUUCUUGGUUAUGGUAACGGAAGCUUCACUACUAGCAGAAGAUAUUCAACUGGAAAUGAUUCUGGUCCAAUUGCAAUCGUCUUAACCGAUAUAAACAAUGAUGGUGAAAUAGAUAUUAUCGUAGCAAAUGCUGCUGCUAACAAUAUAGGUAUUCUACUUGGACGUGGCAAUUUGACUUUCGAUACUAUAACUACUUAUCCAAUUGAAAAUGGUUCAAACCCAUUUUCUGUUGCUGUGGGUGAUUUUGAUAAUGAUGGUCAAAUAGAUAUCGUGGUAGCUAAUUACCGUACAAGCAGUAUUAGUAUUUUUUUGGGUUAUAAUAAAAAUGGAAGUUUUACAACUCAAGUGACCUAUUCAACGGGUUAUCAAUCUUGGCCGACUUCAAUAACUGUUGGAGAUUUCAAUCACGACAAUCAACUUGAUAUCGCUAAUGGUAAUUAUAAUAUGAAUAAUGUCGGGAUUUUUCUUGGAUAUGGAAAUGGUACCUUUGCUCCUGUCACGACAUAUUUUACUGGAGAUGGUUCUUCACCACGGUUUGUUGAAGCUCAUGAUUUUAAUAAUGAUGGCAUAUUAGAUAUUGCUGUUGCUAAUUAUGGAACUAACAAUAUUGUUGUGCUUUUCGGUUUUGGGGAUGGAAGCUUUUUAUUAGGAACCGCAUAUCAAACUGGUCAUGGAUCUGCACCAUAUGUGUUAACCAUUGGCGAUUUUAACAAUGAUUCUCGAGAACUUUAUGCUGGUGUAAAAUCAUAUAGUAUGGGUUUUGGAUCGUACCCACACUCAGUUGCUAUUGGUGAUCUGAAUAAUGAUGGUCGAUCAGAUAUUGUUGUAGCUAAUUAUGGUACUCACAAUCUAGGUAUUUUACUUGGACGUGGUAAUGGAAUUUUCGAUACUAUAAAAAGAUUUCCAACUGGUUCUGCUCCAUAUUCUGUUGGUAUAGCUGAUUUU